AUGUUGCAUCACACCUUUCAUCAUCCACCAGUGAAAUCUCUUUUCCGAAUGAUAUUCCUCCGAAAUAAACAAUAUCCCAUCUAUGAUAUGUUACGAUUAGAAGAAAGUAUUAUGAGGUGUGAUAGUAAUAAGGAAAAUAUUUACAUUCUCACUAAUGAAGGAACUCCCGAAAAAAGUAUUAUUAUGGGAAGUAGUGGAAAUGUUGAAAAGUUGGUUUUCACAGAGAAUACUAUAAAAGAUAAAAUUCCAAUUGUAAAAAGAUUUUCUGGAGGUGGGACAGUUCUUGUUGAUGAGCAGACGGUAUUCGUUUCAAUUAUUGGCUCACAUCAAUUUUUGAAAUAUUCAAGUUUUGAUCCAAAUUUAACGAGAAAAAUUAUGGAAAGAGAACAAGACCAUGAAAUUCAAUACAAGGCAUAUCCAGAAGAAAUUAUGUCAUGGACACAUGGGUUUUAUAAUCCAAUUUUUCCUUCAAGUUUAGAUUUUAAAUUGCGAGAAAAUGAUUAUAUUUUCUAUGGAGGUAAAAAGUUUGGUGGGAAUGCUCAAUAUGUAACUGGAGGAAAAUCUCAACGAUGGGUGCAUCAUACGUCAUUUCUAUGGGACAUGAAUAACGAAUUGAUGGAACGAUAUUUGAAAAUGCCAGAAAAGAAGCCUGAAUAUAGACAUUCCAGAUCUCAUACUGAUUUUCUAGUCACAUUAAAGAAUAGCUUGUGCAAGGAAGAUGAGUCUAUUAGAAACCAAUCUGAUUUUGUGAAUUUAAUUCGAAAACGAGUUCAUGAUUUGAGCCAUAAUGAUUGGAAGGAUCACGUGAAGGAGUUUGUGGAACUGCAUUCAUUCGAUGAUUUUCAACAUUUCAUAAAAGAAAAUACGCUCGUAAGGACAACAUUUGUUUGA